AACCGACAGCAGUAUAGUUAAAUAACAUUUACAAUCGCGUAAGGACAGCAAUGUUAGCCUAAAUACUUGACACAGCGUACCUCAGAUUUUGUUUUACUCAUUUCGUUUUGAGGUCGUCGACCUGAUUAGUGCUGCCAUGUCCGACUUUCCAUCGUGACAUGAAGGCAGCGCGUUGCUCAGCUGCCAUGUUGUUGUUUUUUCUCUCCGAGGCAGUGGCUGACUGUGGAUGCUUCGUGCUGAUCUUCAGUGGACUCUUUCUGAUGACAUACUCUUAUCUGCUGGGUGAUCUUCUCACUGCUCGACUCACUCUUUCAGCCACACACAGCAGCCUCACAAAGUGCCGCCUGGUGAGGUGAAGAUGGUGGACCGGCUUGCCAACAGCGAGGCCAACUCCAAGCGCAUCGCGCUGGUGGAGAGCUGCUUCGGGGCGGCGGGCCAGCCUUUAGCCAUCCCGGGCCGCGUGCUGAUCGGUGAGGGCGUGCUGACCAAGCUGUGCCGCAAGAAGCCCAAAGCGCGGCAAUUCUUCCUCUUCAACGACAUCCUGGUGUACGGCAACAUCGUCAUCCAGAAGAAGAAGUACAACAAGCAGCACAUCAUCCCGCUGGAGAGCGUCACCAUCGACACGGUGCCCGACGAGGGCGAGCUGCGCAACGGCUGGCUCAUCAAGACGCCCACCAAGUCCUUUGCCGUCUACGCCGCCACCGCCACCGAGAAGUCGGAGUGGAUGAACCACAUCGGAAAGUGUGUGGGCGAGCUGCUGGAGAAGAGCGGCAAAGCGCCCACCAGUGAGCACGCCGCCGUCUGGGUGCCCGACUCGGAGGCCACCGUGUGCAUGCGCUGCCAGAAGGUCAAGUUCACGCCGGUCAGCCGCCGCCACCACUGCAGGAAGUGCGGCUUCGUGGUGUGCGGCCCGUGCUCGGACAAGAAGUACUUGCUGCCCAGCCAGUCGUCCAAGCCCGUCCGCGUCUGUGAGUUCUGCUACGGGCAGCUGACGUCGGGAGCGCGCUCGGACUCCUUCGCCCGGCCAUGCUCCAACUUCAACAACUUGUCUGACGACGAGGACGAAGACGACAGCAGUGACUGAGAGGGCGGGACGGGCGUCGGGCGGGCGCCCGAGCCUCCUCUCUUUGGAAUUCCAGCAGGGAUGAAACACUUCCCAGAACUGAAUGAUGGCAUUUCUAUGGGCUCGUCACUACCCAACACUGAGAUCCAGACGAUGGACACACCCCUUUGGCCCUUAACUCCUCCCUCUUCUGUCCUCCGCCAACUACACUAGCUGAUCAUCUCUGCAGGGAAAAAGCAUCUCAACUCUAAGGGCUUUUUUUCUAUCACUAAUGACGUAUUUUACUACAAAGAACCGCCACGACCGAAUCUCGCUGCUCUCAACAAAUCAAGUCUGUGCCUCCGCUCUCACCUUAGUGCCUUCUAGAACAAUCACCCCCACACACACAGCCCACCCCCACCAAGAGCUUGGUGCUUUUGGAGUUUGCUGAGAGUUGUUUCUGUAACCACAUCAUGUCCUGCAGACGCCAUGGCAACGGCAUUUAUUUUUAUUUCGGUUGAGACACUUUUUGUCUUUUUGAGGGCCACAAUGGCAAGUCAUUCACGUCAUUUACCUUUUCAUGAAUGGCGCGGCUGCUGAAGCGCAACAACUUAUUAAAUGCGGCGCUAGCCGAGAACAGAUGGCGCUUGUUAGCGAUCAUUUGGUUCCUGGAAGGCAGCAGCAGGAGUGGGCGACAUGGACAGAAGUAUUGGGACGGAUAUGCGGCGUCUUUGUCCGUCUAUUCGCGGAUUUCUUUUGUCUGCUUCAAAUUGUAAAUGAUUUUUUUUAUGGUAAACUAAAUAGUGGUUGGACAGCACUAUCUGGGGGGCGGCGGGUAUGAAUGAAAAUGCUUUGACGAGACGUGAUGUUGUCUAACGGCGCGUUUUGCACUUACAGUACUGUUUGUUGAUGCGUAGAACAGAAUUUAAAAUGUAAAUGUAAGAGGCAUUUGAUAUAAAAAACUAGGCAUUCUAAGGGUUUAGGGAUUGUUUUUUUUUCUUGAGGGUUGUCAAAGACCAAGAAUAACGGGACGCGAAUGUAUAACAUCUUCCAUUCUUCUCUUAAGACUUCCUUCAAGAUUUUGAGAGGUCACUCAUGUUCUUCCACACCAAACUCUCCUGCCUUUAUGGAGCUUGCUGAGAGUAGAAAGAAGAUUCAGGGACAACUAAGGACUGUAGUCCAACCUACUAUUCAUGCAUUAGGAGCUGUGUCCCAAUACUUUUGUCCAUGUAGUGUCUUUUUUAGUUUUUAACUUUUCAAAUCUAAAAUAUUUUUGUUGCAGGAUGAUUAUCAUCUAUCAAUUAGGAAGUGAGUUGUCCUACGCUGGGGACACUGGUUGUGCGACAAAGAUGCCCAGCCGCCCUUCCUCGCGCUGACGUGUAACCCGCCACUCAACCAGGAAGUGAAAGUCCAGCGCACUUGAGGGUUGAAGUGGUGCAUGAAAGGAGAAGAAAGGGAUUUUUUUGGUUUUGUUUCUUUUGAAUCAUUUGGUGAAAAUCAAUGUUCCAGAUCACUCGUCCUUCUGAUGUUUUGAUAUUUUUAUUGUUGUUGUCAUCAGGGCCGUCCACACUAAGGUCAUGUGACGUCAUCUCAAGAGUGGCCGUGGUCUUAAAAGGCCAACGUUCUCUUCAUUCAAACGCAUUUCUAAAUGAUAACAAUGAGUGCUGUUUAACAAACCGCUUGUGUGGGCCCUGAAUGCAGCAUCAAUGGAAUCCCUUCCGCCUGUAAGGUCCAAAACAGCUUAGAAAACAUGGCUGACUUUAUGGAACGACGUCCUCUUACUAGUCUUGUUUCUUCCAUCGUGUUUUGUCGUUUUGUUUUAAAAGAAUCUAAAAAGGGCUUUGAUUAGAAUGUAAACACAGCUUAAUUAACGAAUGAUCACUACUGCUUCCUCAGCGUGUAUUCAUGUGCGAGUGUGUUGCUUCAAGCCAACCGCUUGUCUGAUCUUCAUUCUUUCCCAGAGUGAAAACUAUAAAAACAUGAAAUUGAA